AAUAUUUUAAUAUAUUAAAAAAAACAAACUGUAGCCCUUUCAUACUCUCCUCCAUCUCAUCCCCAACAACCAACAAUACAAUAAAGAGGCAAGAGAGGAGAGAGGCUGAAAGCAAAGCACUCAUUUUCUAGCUGCCUCUCUGCUCCCAUCGACAUCCACUUCACACUUUGUAAUAUUGUUCCUUUUCUGUAUGUGUGUGUGGUUGUGCGAUGGGAGAGAGAAUUCCAUCCGGGAGUUACUUUCAGUACCCUCCCUCUGGAGUCCACCAUGCUACUCCUCAGAGGUCCAGUUCUCUUCCUUCAGAUCUUGAAAGAUAUUUGGCCGAGUUGUUAGCAGAGAAGCAUAAGUUGGGGCCAUUUGUGCAAGUUUUACCAAUUUGUUGCAGACUUCUUUAUCAAGAAAUCAGACGGGCAUCAGCUUACAAUCAAGGUUUUGUAGAUCAUGAAAGAUAUGAACAUGAGAGUCCAUUUAGGUCAUUAGGUCAGCAUCCAAAUGGAAGGCCGAUGGAUCUGGAGGGAUGGUCUGCUAUGCCAAAAGAGGAGAAUGGGCAUCUUCAAAGAAUGGCCUCAUUACCAGCUGCUUCAAUGGGUUGGCCCGGGGUCCCUGGAAUUUCAAGUACGCCAGUUGUGAAGAGAGUAAUUAGACUCGAUGUUCCUGUUGACAAAUAUCCAAAUUAUAAUUUUGUUGGCCGAAUCUUGGGACCACGAGGGAACUCCUUAAAAAGAGUUGAAGCCUUGACAGAAUGUAGGGUGUAUAUAAGAGGCAAGGGCUCUGUAAAGGAUUCUCUAAAGGAAGAAAAACUUAAAGAUAAACCUGGAUAUGAACACCUUAAUGAACCACUGCAUGUGUUGGUGGAGGCUGAAUUUCCAGAGGAUAUAAUGAAUGCCCGCUUGGACCAUGCAAUAACAAUAUUAGAAAGCCUCCUGAAGCCUGUGGAUGAAUCCUUUGAUAACUAUAAGAAACAACAAUUAAGGGAACUAGCUUUGCUAAAUGGUACACUAAGGGAGGAAAGCCCUAGCAUGAGUCCUAGCAUGAGCCCAAGCAUGUCACCCUUCAACACUGCAGGAAUGAAACGAGCCAAGACAGGAAGAUAAACCCCGUUUAUUCAUUGCUUGAUGACAGCAACUGAUUGAUUGGAGCCCUAAUGGCUUCUUGGUGCAUUAUACCCAGAAAGCUGGGAGGAGCUUUGGAGGCUGAGCAUUUGACCGUCACAAACGAGCUCCUCUCUUCUGGGCAUGAUUGCUUGGAAUCUUCCAUAGGUUAUCUUUUUUCACUAGUUUUGUUCAAUGUGCUCUAGCAUAUAUCAAAUAAUCUCUAUUCUUUUCAUGUAUUAUUCCUUUGAGCAUGGAAUUAUCUAUUUCAUUAGUUAAAUAAACUAAUAAUCAACAAUUCAGUUAGGUUAUUUCAAGUGAUGCAACUUUAAAUUUACUUGAAAAGACUUUUUGCACAA